UAUACAUGCAGGUAUUGUGACCUAUCUGGCUGGGGGUGGAAGCAAAGCUUGUAGUUUACUGGCUAAUGCCUGGCUACUGUAGCUAACGUUACUCUCAAAAGAAAAGUUGCUGAUGGGAGCUGGGUAGUUGCGGUGUCAGAGAUAAGACACACAAACACCAAGAGGGAAGAUGAGUCAACGUGAGCAGCAGGAUAACGUCCCAGCGUACCUCAAAGAUGAGCCUCCAGCAGACAGCAACAAGGAUCACCCAGUGCCCCAGCCAGGCAUGUUCUCCAGAGUGACCGGCGGCCUCUUCAGUGUCACUAAAGGUGCCGUGGGAGCCACUGUGGGUGGGGUUGCCUGGAUAGGAGGGAAGAGCUUCGACUUGACCAAGACCGCUGUCACCUCGGUGGCCGCUGUACCCGGCAUCGGGGUGGGGCUGGUGAAAGGAGGGGUGUGUGCUGUAGCAGGAGGCGUUUCUGCAGUAGGCUCAGCAGUAGCCAGUAAAGUUCCUAUUGGAGGGGGCAAGAAAAAGGACAAGUCUGAUUGAGGAGUGGCGGAAGACGGUGCAUUUUGGGUAUCGUGCAUGUCGUGUCUGAUCCGCCUACACUCUGGAGGGCUACGGAGCAAUCCAACAAUGUCGUGUGUAUUCACUUUUCAUGGAGGGCUCGACACUCUGAUUCGCGAGUGUCUAUGGACCACUCCCAUAUUAUAUGGCCUGGCCACUGAGGGUGAGAUUAAAUAAGGGGUUUUCUGUUCAGCAGUGCAGGGGCCACCACACCCAUCUUUGUCUGUAAUAUAAACCAGUGCCUCAAACUGAAAUAUGAAAUGACUGACUGAAUGUUGUAUUUACUGUAGAUAGAAGCCAACCAAGAAAACAUUAAGCCUAUUUUAUUGCGUAAUAUUUGUUCCAUCUCUCGGCCACCGUUGAAGAAACAUGCCGUGAACAUAUACCAUGUUUAGGCUCUGUUCAUGUUCAUUGCGGUGUUUGUUGAAAACUUGAACGUCACCUGGCAGUCAGACAAUCCGUGAUCAAUGACUAGCCCGGCACCUCUGACAGAAAAUAAAGAGGAUCUCA